GUAUGACGGAACAGGUUGCUAGUACGCUGAUGUUCUGUGAUACAGCUAGAGAGGUGUGGACACAGGCACAAGAGUUGUAUUCAGGUGUCGACAACCUCCGUCGCACAUAUGAUCUUCAUCAGUCUUUCUUUAAUAUAUCUCAGGGUGAUGAUUCUUUUAAGGAAUAUUAUGCUAAGUUUCGGCGCAUUUGUAAUGAAUUGGAUAUAUGUGAGCCACUUACUGCUGAUAUUCAGGUUAUACGGCGCCAGCGUGAACGUAUGAAGGUUACUCGUUUUUUAUCCGGUGCAUCAUCCACUUUUGGCCCUGUGGGUAAUCAGAUUUUGGGAAAUCGUGACUUACCUCCGCUCAGCGAGGUAUUCAGUCGUCUCCGACAGUCAUCGUCUAUUUCUGCACCGACUUCUGGUCGUUCUGCUUUGUCUUCCGCUAUUUCUGACAGCUCUGCUUUGUCUGUCAGCCAUGGUCGCGGUCGCAGUCGUGAUUCUGGAUUUAGUAGUCGUGGCCGCGAUUAUGGGGUGAGUGGUCGUGGCUUUGGUGGCCGUGAUUCUGGGUUUGGAGGUCGUAGUCGUGAUUCUGGAGGCCGUAGUUUUGGUCGUGGUCGUGGCUUUGGUGGCCGUGACUCUGGUUUUGAUAAUCGUGGGGGUCGCAUAUCAGGGGGAGGUGGCCGCGGUCGCGGCCGUGAUUCAAGAUUUUGCACUCAUUGUUGGGGAACAAAUCAUACGGUGGAGUUCUGUUAUAACCUUCACGGCUUUCCCCAGGCUUAUCAGGCUACUAUCUCUCAGGAUACUGAACAGUUUACUCAAUCCUCUGCCGAUGUGGCUAUUUCAGCCGAGGAGUACCAACGUUUUUUGUCAUUUCAGGCUGCGACAGGAUCCUCUACUGCUACGCUCGCUCAGACCGGUUCAUCCGUUGCUUGUGUUGCCUCCUCUUCUUCCUCUCCUUGGGUUAUUGACUCAGGAGCCACAGAUCAUAUGACUGGAUCUCAAGACGGGGAGGAAGAUUGGUGGGGGCAUUGAGCGAGGUGGCUUAUAUUACUUGACUGUUUCUCAGCCUGUAGCUCUUCAGACAUCAGAGUCUCCAUACCAACAGCACUGUCGUCUUGGUCAUCCCUCUCUUCAGAGUUUGAAGCACCUUGUGCCCUCCUGUCGUUCCAUUAAUAAGUUGGUUUGUGAGGUCUGUGAGUUUAGUAAACACUGUAGAGUCACUUUUUUACCUAGGCUUGAGCGUCGUGCGUCGCGUCCUUUUCAGUUAGUUCAUUCAGACAUUUGGGGGCCUAUUCAUGUGCCUAGUGUUUCUGGUUUUCAGUAUUAUGUUAUUUUUGUGGAUGACUUUUCUCGUCUUACAUAUCUUUAUCUAAUGAAAGAGCGGUCUGAAUUGAAAUCUGUUUUUAAAACUUUUUACAUGGAAGUCAAAAAUCAGUUUGAUACUUGUGUUAAGAUAUUUCGUUCCGAUAAUGCCCGUGAAUAUUUUCACCAUAUUCUUUCUCAUUUUUUCGAUGAUCAUGGUAUUAUUCACCAAUCGUCGUGCUCUCGGACUCCACAACAAAAUGGAGUUGCUGAGCGCAAGAUUCGGCACUUGUCCGAGGUUAUGCGUGCCUUAUUAUUUCAAAUGCAGGUUCCUAAGUCAUAUUGGAGUGACGCCGUUCUCACUGCAUGUUAUCUAAUCAACCGUAUGCCCUCUACGGUCUUAGGUGGUCAGGUUCCUCAAACGGUCUUGUUUCCCGGUCGGCCUCUCCACUCUUUACCCCCUCGAGUUUUUGGGUGCACCAGUUAUGUUCAUGCUCUUGAUCCUGAUAGGAGUAAACUUGAUCCUCGAUCUUUUAGGUGUAUCUUUCUGGGAUACUCACACACCCAGAAAGGCUAUCGAUGUUACUCUCCUACUUUACGUCGUCACUUUGUGUGUGCUGAUGUCACGUUUAAUGAGUCCUUACCAUAU